AUGCUGAAGAAUUUAAGUUUAAUGGGCUACCGGAUUAGUAGUUCGAAAUGCCUUACAAUUUGCUUGGGCCUUACUUUCUUAAUGGGCUGCUUUAUAGCCACACUGCCAAUACCACCACCAGAAAUACAGAACUUGCAAAUUGCAAAAACUCAUGACAAAAAGAAGCUAGCUAUAAUUGUGCCAUUCAGAGACAGAUUUGAAGAAUUACUAGAAUUUGUACCACACAUGUAUAGAUUCCUUCAACGGCAGGACAUACCAUUUGAUAUCUUUGUUAUACAACAAAAAGACAGCAAUCGUUUCAAUAGAGCAUCUCUAAUAAAUGUGGGAUUUAUAUACACAAAGAAGAAAUAUGAUUAUAUAGCCAUGCAUGAUGUUGAUUUGCUACCAAUGAAUGAUAAUUUAAAAUAUAAGUACCCAGAAUUUGGUCCAAUACACAUUUCUUCCCCUCAAACUCACCCUAAAUAUCACUAUGAGACUUUUAUUGGUGGUAUAUUGUUAGUGUCAAGAGAUCAGUUUGAAUUGGUGAAAGGGAUGUCAAACAAUUACUGGGGCUGGGGUCUAGAAGAUGAUGAGUUCUAUGUGAGAUUAAAGGAUGCAGGAUUAAAGGUGUACAGGCCAGAAAAUAUAACAACCGGUACAGAAGAUACAUUUAAGCACAUCCAUGACAAAACUUAUCGUAAACGCGAUAUGAGAAAAUGUUUCAACCAACGAGAAGUAACUAGACGUCGCGACAGAGUUUCCAGCGUUCAUGAUGUUGCCUACAACAUACACAAUACUCACAGUGUUGCCAUAGACAAUCUCCCCAUUACAGUGGUUAAUGUGGAGCUUUUGUGCAAUAAGACAGUCACACCGUGGUGUCAGUGCCCUGAACCACCUAAAACAAGACAUAGACGAAUUGACUCAUCUCGAUUGAAGUCUCAAAUCGGCGCGUACGGCGACUGGUUGCCGCAAGACGCGCAACACUUCAGCUACAACGGGCAACCGCCUCCCUAG